AUGGAUUUCGAGGAGUAUCUCCGCUUGCAGUCGCAAACGUUCGUGCAGUAUUACCGCUGCCUGCCGUUGUCUCUCCUGAAGAAGGAGAACGCAGAUGAGGACGGAAAUAGGGUUAUCAUGCCGCUGUCUGCCCUUGAUCGGCUUGCUCGCCUCAUCAACAUCCAGUACCCGAUGCUGUUCCAGAUCAAGAACCCCAGCACGGAGCGCGUCACGCACUGCGGCGUGCUCGAGUUCGUCGCCGACGAAGGGUUCAUCCACAUGCCGUGCUGGUUGAUGGCGCACCAGGGUGUCCUGGAGAACGAGAUCGUGCUGGUGAGGAGCACGUCGCUGCCCAAGGCCACCUUCAUCAAGCUGCAGGCACACACCAAGGACUUCCUCCAUGUCUCCCACCCGAGGGAACUGCUGGAGUACAACUUCGGCAAGUUCCCGUGCGUGACCGCCGGCGAGACGAUCGCGGUGACGGAGGGCGAGCGGCGGUACUACCUGGACGUGCUGGAGGCGCAGCCGGCCGACGCGGUCUGCUCCCUCGACACGGUCUGCGCGGUGGACUUCGCGCCGCCGCUCGACUACGUGGAGCCCCCGCGCGUCGUCGCCAGCCAACAAGGAAGCGACGAGCCGCCGCAGCCGUCCCGGUUCACCGGCGUCGCGGCGCGGAUGGACGGCAAGCCGGUGGAGCAGCCGCCCACGCCGUCUCCGGCGGCGGCAGUGAACGCCGUAGCUCCGGGUGUACCCAAGAGAAAGGUUCGAUUUGGCGCCCCCUCGGCGGCUGGCAGUGGCGUGAGCAAGGGGAAGGCGGAGGGCAGGCCGGGCGGUGGCAAGGAACAGGAGAAGCGAUUUACGGGGACUCAAUAUUCCUUGAACUCUUGA